CUACCAUGUAGUUCGGCUCACUGUUUACAAUUCGACCUCUAGCGAGAGAGACGUUUCAACCGUAAAGGGGGGGAAUUUGCAACCAUGAGACGAGUCCGUGCGUGUCUCGGUGCGUGUGUGUACGUGACCCACUUGGUCGCGUCGGGGGCAUUGACGGCGAACGACCGACGAAGUCCUACCCGCCCCACACACUGGGUGACCUUGUCGGAUCCCCGGAAGCGGUAUCCUUCCGGAAACAGUCUGUACGCCAAGGAUGUCCCAUUAGCAAACAACAAUCGUCGAUCCGCAGCGCCGUACUCGUACUCAAGUACCCCCGUGAACGACUUGGAUCAAGAUUUUGGCUACUAUGGUGAAAAAGAUGAUGACGAUGAUUGGAUGAGCAAUCCCGUGGAUUUCGACAACAGCAUCGACGAAAGCGCCGUUACUAGCACGAGAAGACCAAAACUUGUCAAAGGGGCCGACAAUUCACGUCCCAAUUCCCAUUUCUUCAGUCGCAAAUCCUUACAAGAUCCAAUCUUUGCGUACCAAACGAAGGGGGCCUCGGAAACCUUUGCCCAAUUGUGCCAGGGGGCUGGUAUUGCGCGUCCCUCCAAAAUUCAGAGUUUGGCUUGGCCCAUCUUGUGCAAAGGCUCCCACACGAUUGUGGCGGACCAAACGGGAUCCGGAAAAACCUUGGCCUAUCUCAUUCCUUUGUUGACACGCGCCUUGGAGGACCGCAACGCUCAGCCGGCCGGAACCGCCGUACCCAACGGAUCGCCUCGUAUCAUCGUCCUGGCUCCGACCGCCGAACUGGCCGACCAAAUUCGAGCCGUUUGCGAACAAAUGACCGCAUCCGUUUCAUUCUCGACCCUUGUAAUCACGGCGACCGGGAAAUAUUCCACUUCGAUUCGUGAUCAAAUUCGUAUGCUCCAACGACAACCCGUGGACGUUCUGAUUUCGACACCUGGACGGAUCGCCACCAUUUUGCGAACGCGCAAUUCUGGCUUGGAUUUGAGUGCGUUGCAAUCCAUCGUUCUCGACGAAGUCGACGUCUUGUUGGUGGACGACACGUUCGGCCCGCAAUUGCGUACGGUCGGGGCGGCGGCACCCCUGGAUCGAACGCAAUUUGUCUUUGUCACGGCAACGCUACCCGACACGGUUGUCGAAACUGUGGAGAAAGAGUUCCGCGGCGUACAGCUAAUCAAAGGCCCCGGUUUACACCGUGUGGCACCGACCGUGCAAGAAAGACUCGUCGACGUCUCCGUCCCUUCUCAAAACAACCGAGACGCCAAACUCUGUUUUGACGUCAAGGCCAAACAACUACUGAAAGCCUUGCGACAGACUCGGUGUCGCCGAACGCUCGUAUUUUGCAAUACCGUGGAAAGUUGCCGCUCGGUGGAAAACUUGCUAAAACGCAAGGAUCGCAAGGGCAACGUCUUUGAAGUCCGCGCCUAUCACAACGCCAUGACACCAGAAAAUCGCAACGAAAAUUUGGCCGUCUUUAGUCACGGCAUUCGGACUACACAACCAGAAAAGGUGGAUUACGUACUGGUGUGCACAGAUCGGGCUGCUCGAGGCGUCGACUUUGAAAGGGCCCCCGUGGAUCACGUCGUCUUGUUCGAUUUUCCCAAAGAUCCGGCCGAAUACGUCCGUCGAGUUGGACGAACGGCGCGAGCGGGACGGACCGGAACGAGCACCGUCUUCGCCUACGGAUGGCAACUGCCGAUCGCUCGUAGCGUCAUGGGAAGCAAGUUGGAUAGCUUCACCAUUGCUCGCGAAGAGCGGGAUGAAAUGGAUACGGAGGAAAUUCGAGGUGGAGUGCAGGCGCGGCUCCACCGAGGUGACGGCGCAAAUAAGAAGCAUGGUUCGAAGCAUAUAAUAAAGGGUAACAUUGAGAGCGGAAAGCAGUGGAAGUGAAAAGAAGACCCGCCUCUCCUUAACAAGGGUCUAUCUAGAGAGAGUUUUGUUGUUCUGCGAGAGUAACUGAGCGAGUAAAGGUAGUAACGGUUUACUCGAAAUGGCAAUUUUCUUUUUUUGACAUUUCAGCUUAACGAAGCAAAUUUAGUGAGCAAAGCAAUAGCAUAAUUU